ACAUGGCCGACCUACCAGCUGAUCGUGUGACUCCAAGUCAACCACCUUUCACCAGUGUUGGAGUCGAUUACUUCGGUCCCAUUAACAUCAGAAGGGGACGCAGUGAGGUGAAGAGGUAUGGUUGCCUGUUCACUUGCCUAACAACCAGGGCCAUUCAUUUGGAGGUAGCGCACAGUUUGGACACAGAUUCCUUUAUAAAUGCUCUUCAGCGUUUCAUGGCUCGUCGGGGAACACCUCAAUUGAUGCGCUCGGACAACGGAUCAAAUUUCGUUGGUGCCCGCAGUGAACUACAGAAAGCGCUGGAUGAAUGGAAUCAACAAAAGAUUGAAGAACAUCUGCUCCAAAGAGAAACACAAUGGAAGUUUAACCCCCCAGCAGCCUCACACAUGGGAGGUGUAUGGGAGAGGCAGAUCCGAACAGUGCGUUCAAUCCUCAUGGGCCUUACAGGACAACAGACUCUGGAUGAUGAAGGAUUAAUGACACUCUUCUGCAUCAUUGAAAAAAUUGUCAAUGGACGACCACUAACAAAGCUGUCAGAGGACCCAAGAGAUGGUCAGCCUCUGACUCCUAACGAUUUGCUUCUGUUAAGACCUGAGUGUUCUCUACCCCCUGGUCACUUUGUGAAGCAGGAUCUGUACCGUCGAUGCUGGCGCCAGGUCCAGUACUUGGCGGACAUUUUCUGGACUCGAUGGACAAAGGAGUAUUUGCCUAGUCUACAGCAGAGGCAGAAGUGGACCCACCAUUCCAGAAAUUAUCAAGUAGGUGAUCUUGUACUAGUUCUGCAUGAAUCAACACCUCGCAGUCAGUGGCCCCUUGGAUUGGUCAUUGAUGUCAAUGUUGGAGCUGAUGGACUGGUACGUUCAGUACAAGUAAAGACACAAACAGGUAUUUAUACUCGCCCCAUCCACAAACUAAGUUUGCUGGAAGGGAAUAUGGACAAGUAA